UGAGAUAUUAGAUUCAUGGUGAGAAUAGUAAUUUUUAUUGCUAUAAAUACUACAUAUGUCUUUACAACAACACCACCACCACCACCAAACACAUUCCAUAUUUCACAUUCCCAACAAUGGGGCGGUUGUGGAGAAGCUCUAAAAGCUUUCGGGUGAUUUGGGUACUUUUAGUGUUGUUUGGAGUGUUUAGCCUUGGUAGAAGAGUUGAGAGUAGAAAGGCAAGGGUUUUGGAUUCAUCAUCAUUUGAGUACUCAGCAAUAAGUUGCAGAGCUCACAGUGCAUCAAUAACAGACUAUGGUGGAGUUGGUGAUGGAGAGACAUCAAACACAAAAGCAUUUCAAAAGGCUGUGAAUGAGUUGAGCCAGUAUGGAUCAGAUGGUGGGUCACAACUCUUUGUUCCUGCUGGAAAAUGGCUAACUGGGAGCUUCAACCUCACUAGCCACUUCACUCUCUUUCUCCACAAAGAUGCUUUUCUUCUUGCUUCCCAGGACAUAAAUGAAUGGUCAGUGAUUGAUCCUUUGCCAUCGUACGGUCGAGGAAGAGAUGCAGCUGGUGGAAGGUAUAUCAGCUUCAUUUUUGGAACAAACCUCACUGAUGUUGUUAUUACAGGUGACAAUGGCACCAUCGACGGCCAAGGUGCUUUCUGGUGGCUACAAUUCCACAAGAAAAAGAUAAAAUACACCCGGCCCUACCUGAUUGAGAUCAUGCACUCCGACAGCAUUCAGAUAUCGAAUCUAACGCUCCUAAACUCCCCAGCAUGGAAUGUCCAUCCUGUCUACAGCAGUAAUAUUCUUAUACAAGGCAUUACAAUCAUUGCCCCGAUAACAUCUCCAAACACUGAUGGGAUCAAUCCAGAUUCUUGCACAAAUACAAGAAUUGAAGACUGUUAUAUUGUCUCUGGAGAUGAUUGUGUGGCGGUUAAAAGCGGUUGGGAUGAGUAUGGGAUAGCAUACGGUAUGCCAACCAAACAGUUGGUGAUCAGACGGCUCACGUGCAUUUCGCCAUUCAGUGCAACGAUUGCAUUGGGAAGCGAGAUGUCGGGCGGGAUCCAAGAUGUUAGGGCCGAGGACAUCGUGGCCAUCAACACCGAAUCAGGGGUCAGGAUCAAGACAGCUGUAGGCCGGGGAGGCUACGUAAAGGACAUAUAUGUAAAAGGCAUGACCUUGCACACCAUGAAGUGGGCAUUUUGGAUGACCGGAAAUUAUGGGUCCCACGCCGAUACCCACUAUGAUCCAAAAGCACUGCCGGUGAUUCAAGGGGUGAAUUAUAGAGACGUGGUGGCAGAGAACGUUUCAAUGGCAGCGAGGUUGGAGGGGAUUUCCGGUGAUCCAUUCACUGGCAUUUGCAUUUCAAAUGUGACGAUAAGGAUGGCUGUGAAGGCAAAGAAGGUGCCUUGGACUUGCACCGACAUUGAGGGGAUCACGAGCAGUGUGACUCCUCCGCCGUGCGGCUUGUUGCCAGAUCAGGGUCCAGAGAAAAUCAGGAUGUGUGAUUUUCCUUCGGAAAGUCUACCUAUAGAUACAGUUGAGCUCAAGAGUUGCACUUACGCUUCAAUGAAGUACCUAUGAACUCUCCAAUGUGUGAUUUUCCUUCGGAAAGUCUACCUAUAGAUACAGUUGAGCUCAAGAGUUGCACUUACCCUUCAAUGAAGUACCUAUGAACUAUCUAAAUUUGUACCAUCUACAUAUUAUGAAAAAAAUGUAAUAUAUUAGGAGCUUGGUUGAUGAUUAUGUCCAAUGCCCUAUCUUCAUGUUUCAAUAAGAAAACAAGAUUGGAUUGCCUCUAAAA